ACCGUACAAAGAAAGGAAACUUUAAACAAUUUAUCAACCAUUUUUCGUAGAUAUAAAUAGGUGAAAUUUGGGAGAGGUUUUGGUGCAUCUGAUGAACAGAGACCUAAACCAUGUUGAAGAAUUUGAGUCGAAGGAAGAGUUUUCCUUCGUUUAAGCAACUGUUCAAAGACGAUGAUAAUAACAGUGAAGAUAGAGUUCCAAAAGGGUACGUUGCAGUAAUGGUUGGGGACAAGAAGGAGAGUGAAAGGGCAAAGCUAUUCUUCAUCCAUGUCGACAUGUUCAAGAAAGCGUGUUUGGUUGAGUUGCUUAAAAUGGCUGCUGAUGAGUUUGGUUAUGAACAUCAAGGUGGUGUACUGCAAAUUCCUUGUGAUGCUGCAGCCUUCAUUAAGAUGGUGAAACAGACUUCUAGAUGGAGACCCAAUUAGGGUUUUCUUUCUUCUUCUUCUUCUUCUUCUUCAGGAUUUUGUACUCUGAUACUGUAAUAGUAGGGUUCAUGAUAUAUGUUGAUGUUCUUUUACCCUAUAUCACAUGCUACCCUAGGCUAGCUUCUUUAGUUUGUCAAUGGCUUAACAAGGCAAUAACCAUAUGUACUAUCAGUCAAGCUAACAGAAAUACACCCAUUGAUUGUUCUAA